UAAUUGAUUGAGGAUUGGCUCUAAUCUUUUGAAUGCCAUUCCUCUCGUGUUUUUUGGUUUGAAAUUAGACUACUUUGAGGUAUUGUCGCAUUUAGUAUCUGUCUUGCAGUCAUUUAAUUUGAUUUUUUGUGGUUUUUAUUGGAAAUUAAAAUUUGUUUAAUAUAAUGCAUAAAUUACAAAAUUUUACGAGUAUUAACAGCGAUAAUUGGAAGGAAAUUAACAAAAUGACGAACGAGUCAAACAAUGGUACGGCUUUGGCCGUCAAUCAGAGCCGACAUCAGCGCAAAGUGAGCUCAACUACUGAAUUCAAAGAGUUGACCAAAAGGGACGCUCAACACCAGUUGGCACAGGAGUUGGACAAACUGUUGAGAACAGCUAAUCCUAUAGAAAGACAAUCAUAUGAAGAGGAGUUCAAAGGAUUUCAACAGUUGUAUAUGAAAUAUCUUCAAGGAGUUGGACCGUCAGUUCAAUGGGAAAAGAUUGAACCCCUUCCUGAAGAUGCUGUCAGAAGUUAUGCAUCAAUGAAAGCGCCACAAAAAGAUAGCAUUAGACAAAUGCUCAAUCAAUUAGUUGUCGUCAAACUUAAUGGAGGACUUGGUACAUCUAUGGGUUGUACUGGACCUAAAUCAGUGAUACCAGUGAGAAAUGAUUUGACAUUUUUAGACUUAACAGUACAACAAAUAGAGAAUCUGAAUAAGACAUACGAUGCUGAUGUGCCACUUGUUUUGAUGAAUUCAUUCAAUACCGAUGAAGACACACAAAAAUUGUUACGUAAAUAUCGAGGAUUUCGAGUUAAAAUUUAUACAUUUAUGCAAAGCCGUUACCCGCGAAUCAAUAAGGAAAGCCUAAUGCCAAUCGCACAUUCAAUGUCUGGAGACAACGAUGCCUGGUAUCCUCCCGGUCACGGAGACUUCUACCCGGCUUUCUAUAAAUCAGGACUUCUCGAGUAUUUUAUUAAAGAAGGUCGUCAAUAUGUAUUUUUGUCAAAUAUUGACAAUUUGGGCGCAACUGUUGAUCUGAAUAUAUUGAAUUCAUUGCUUGAUCCAAACGAGACAAAUCAUCCUUCAUAUGUAAUGGAAGUGACCGAUAAAACCAUUGCUGACGUAAAGGGUGGUACUCUUAUUCAAUAUGAAGGACACGUUAGACUUCUUGAGAUCGCACAGGUGCCUAAAGUACACGUCGAUGAGUUCAAAAGUGUCCAAAAAUUCAAAAUAUUUAAUACAAACAAUAUUUGGCUGAAACUCGAAACGAUUCAAGAAUUAGUACAAAUGGGAACAUUAGAUAUGGAAAUAAUUGUUAAUAAUAAGCACUUAGAUAUUGGUUUAGAUAUUGUUCAGUUGGAAACAGCUGUUGGUUCAGCGAUGAAAGAUUUUGAGGGCGCCAUUGGUAUAAAUGUCCCCCGAAGUCGCUUUUUGCCCGUCAAAAAAACAUCAGAUCUAUUGCUAGUUAUGUCAAACUUAUAUUCACUAAAUAGCGGAACUCUGAUAAUGAAUCCGAAACGAGCCUUUCCUACCGUGCCUUUAGUCAAAUUGGGUGAUUCGCAUUUUGCUAAAGUACGCGAAUUUUUGUCACGUUUUGCUAGUAUUCCUGAUAUCAUAGAAUUGGAUCACUUGACAGUUAGUGGAGACGUCACCUUUGGAAAGGGAGUCACUUUGAAAGGCACUGUUAUCAUAAUUGCAAAUCAUGGCGAUCGCAUAGACAUACCCGCCGGUGCUAUACUAGAGUCGAAAAUAGUUUCCGGAAAUCUUCGUAUUCUCGAUCAUUAAUUAUAUAUAUAGAUAUUUUACUAAAAUGUUAUGAGAUUUUGAAAUUUUAUUGAUUUUCCGAAA